AUGGUGAUACCCGGUACAACAGUAGUACUCCCCAGUCCUGAUCGGGGGCUACAACCUCAAGAACAUGGAACAUCAGAUGGGAGGAUACUCGGAGAGCAGACGUCCUUCAAAGAAAAGGUGAAAAAGAGAGACCACGAUGUGUUCACUCACACUCUCCACCCCACGCAGCACUUCUCCUGUGACAGUCCUGUGCGUUUCAUGAUGUUCUCUGAAGCCGCCGCGGCGUUCAUCGGCCUCCACACCAACGGCUCCGUUUGCUUUUACACACCAGACGGCCAUAAGCAGACGGCGUCGGCUCGGCUCGCCUUCACCGGCCUCGUCCAAACAAACAUCUCACAGCGGCUCGUCGGCUGGGGUCCAGGGCCCGUCUUCACACUCUUGGACGACGAGUUACGCCCCCUGGAGGCCGCUCGGGACGCCCUGGACAUACGUGUGUGUGAGGCCGCGGAGCACUCUGCAGAGCUGGUGACGGCGGGCGCCGGGAAUGUGUGUGUGUGGUCAGUGACGCUCAUGAAGUGCAGGUUGAAGAUGGAGGAAGGGCUGCGGCGCCGGACGUUCACUCACAUGGCGUUGGCUCCUCCACGGUUUGAGAAGCCUCACAGGGCCUUCGUUGUGUGUGGACAUGUGGUGACGGUGGUCGACCUCGAUGGCGGGACGGUUUUGGAGCACAAGACGGAUCUCUGCUCGGGAGAUAUCACUGCUGUGGCGUUCUGCGCUCAGCUUGACUGUCUGAUCACGGCGUCCCAAGAGCGCUCCAUUCAGGUCUGGGGUCCUGAUUGGGAAGGCCGCGUGGCUUUUGAAGGAGGUAACGGUUUAGUGUUCAUUCACUUUCUUUAUGCUCCUUUAACCCUCAGACAUCAGUGUUGUGACCUCUCUGUUCUUCUGCCGUCUCUGAACAUGCUGCUGUCGGCUGCAAACGAUUGUUCCAUCCGCUGCUGGAGCGUGGAAGACGGUGACGCGGUUCAGUGCGUCCACACAGAGCGGGACAACCCUCCGAUGAGCAUCGGUGGCACGAGGAAGGGAGACGCUUUCUUCUCCUUCUCUCGCCGCGGGGUCGACUUCUGGUCCAUCAGAAACUUGUACACACUCCACUGCGCACUGGAACGACGCCAAAAAGCUCCUCUGAGACAAAUCCUAGUCACCUCCUUUCCUGCUCCCUUCCCCACCAGAGUUCUGUGUGUGAGCGGCGACGGGGACAUCUCACUGGUUGCCGCGGAAACCGGAGCGUUGUUGACUUCUUUCAGGGUGGAGCAGAGGGUUUCGUGUGCAGACUACUGCCUGCAGAAAGAGAUCCUGUUAGCGCUGACCGAUACAGGGACGCUGCUACAAGCUAACACGCUGACCAAUCCGGUCACUUUGAUGAAUGAGUGGCGGGGGAGGGGACAGGGACCCUGGCAGCGCAAAGACCAUGUGACUGAAGAGGACGCCCAAAAUCUGCCUGUCCCCGGCGCGGCGUGCUGCAUGGUACUCUACUGCCAUGUGAGAGAAACACAGAACGCUCUGGAGGAGUGGAGGAGUCUGCAGGACGGCAGAGGAAGCAGCCAGAGGAAGAAGAAAGAUCUCCACGAUGACAAGAACAUCUUUCUGAUCGUCCUCGGACACGCCGGAGGCUGCGUGAGCGUUCUGAGGUUCAGUGACGGGAAGGUCAUGUGCAGGACGCCGGCGCACAACGGCCAGAGAGUCACCGCAACGCACGUGUACCCCGAGCACAGCUACCUCCUGACAACAGGUGAGGACUUGACCUUGGUGGUGUGGAAGGUUAACCCUUUCUUCGAGGAGUGUCUGAGCCUGCAGGUCAGUCUACACUGCGCUCUGCCUCAGGUCCACCUGGCGGCUCUUGUGCCCCGCCUGGUCCUGACCCACCACGAUCCCAGCAGUGGCACCUACAAGCUGGUCCACUUAAACCUCCUCCAGCAGAGUCCGGCUGAAGCCCCGCCCCCAGAGGGACACUCAGACCACAUCACAGGUCGGUUAAAGUCCUGUGUGUGAAUCUGUUGAUUUGUUUGUGAAUGACUCGCUGCAGUUGUGUUUU